AUGUCAAAUGUCAAUAGCUGGGUGUGGUUGGCAGUCGUACUGCUGAUCGCAUUACUACGCUAUGUCUCCCGUUGGCUUCAACUGGGGACGCCGAAAAAUUUCCAAAUAGAAGACCUUGUGAUGAUCGUCAACGUGAUUCUCUACAUUUUAUUGACGGUUUAUCUGGUUGAGGUUGAUAAGCACGGGACCAACGGGAUUCCCUUAGACAAAGUCGACCAGAUCGAUCCCUCAACGAUCCCGGAUCGUAUCAAGGGCAGUAAGCUGGUCAUUGUAGUGGAACAGCUAUGGCUAGGAGUCAUCUGGGGAUGCAAGGCAUGCUUGCUCUUGCUAUACUCGGCCAUGACGUUGGGCCUGUCGCAACAUCUAAUCGUCAAAUUAAUCGGCGCAUUCUGUGUGCUGAGUUUCGUGGUAGUUGAAAUCCUCUUUUUCGGAGUAUGGUGUCACCCUUUCUCGGCGUACUGGUCGGUCCCACCAAAGAAUGUACAGUGUUCCGUCUACCGCAACCACCUCAUUCUAGUCCUGGCCCUGAAUGUCGCUACGGACCUGAUGAUCAUGUGCAUCCCACUACCACUAUUGAUCAAGGCCAAGCUGAGCCUGUCCAAGAAGCUCACGCUAUGCGCCGUUUUCUCGCUGGGGAUUUUCGUCAUCCUCUGCUCUGUCCUCUCCAAGUACUAUUCGAUCUGGAAUCCCUACGGAGACCGCUGGGUAGACUGGUACGUCCGAGAGGCAGCAACCGCCAUCGUUGUGGCGAAUAUCCCUCAAACAUGGACCCUGUUCCGCCGGAUGUUCAACUGGAAAUCCUUCUUGGCACACUCGUCCUAUAACCGCAGCCACAGCCGAAGCAAGUACACCAACCGUCUUGAUAGCUCGACUAUGCAUCUUUCGCGAUUCAAGGGCGAUAAGUCGCACACGCGCUCCGUCGACAUCACGGCAUCUGGCGAGCAUAUUAAUUCGGAACAGCCGUUGGAAAUCUGGGAGCAUCGCCAGUUCCACGUCACGAAUGAACCGGGGGAAUCGAGUGAUGGUGGUAGUCAGAGCAGUAUCAGCUUGGAGUAUGAUACCACUGGGCUGAAUCCCCAGGGGAAGGCGACCGUGACGACAACAUCGUAA